AUGAUAGCCAGCUCAGCAUCCCCAGUCGGGUCCGAGGUCUUCUCUCUGAUCGCACUGCUCAUCUUCUCCGCCAUCACCCUCCUCAUCCUCCGACACUACCUACCCCUCCGAACGACGCCCGCAUUCGUCCUUGUCACCGUAUUCUUCGCACUAUGGCUACCAGCAUGCAUCGUCCUGCUCGUGCCGAUAGAUCUGGCGUCGAGCGCCAGGACGGACGAUGAGAACACAAGGGGCAUAUGGCUCCCACAAAGGGUCAUACAGACUUGCUGGCGCAUCGCCUACUGGCUCACCUUUACCCUCACGUGGUUCAUUCUCCCCGUCCUUGCCGAAUAUUCCGAUGCUGGAUACCGAGAUCCGAAGGGGAAGCUGAUGUACUCCCUACGGUCGAAUGCCCAAUACUAUGCGAUGGUUUUUGGAUUCGGCAUAAUAGCGUUGAUAUACGUCUUUACUUCGUACGGCAUACACCUCGACUCCCUUAAGAGCCCAGUCAUGGCUCUCGCAUACUGCUGGGGCUUGGUCCUGGCAAUCUACCUGAUGGGCCACGGCCUCGUCAGCAUCCCCCGGCGCCUGAUACGCAGCUUCAGCAUUAGCGGACGGCUGCGCCAGUUGCAAUCUGCGGCGCCUAGGCUGUAUGAGCAACUGGAGGAGGCGGAGAUGAAUCUCGAGGAUCUCGAGAUACAGGUGGCCGAAUUGUGCCGCCGCAAGACCGGGUCGGCCAUCGACUUCCAAGACUGGAUCGAGGAGCUCAUGGAUUCUACCAACCUCCCGGAGGAGCAGCCGAGAACAACAUCCGCUGUGGGCUCUGGCGAGGCGAGGCGCGUCCCCACGGUCAUCACGGAGAAGUACAUGGCGGAGCUUACCCGAGAACUCACCCGCGCGAGGCACACCCGCUCUCGAUAUGCCAACGAGUGGAACCGGUUGCUACGAAAAGCCGCGGAGACCCGGGCCAUUCUGGACUCUGGUGGCUCGAAGAAGCUCGAAUUCGGAGGUACGGCUCCACAUGCUUCGUGGUGGGAACGCAUGUCGGUACUCGACCCCUACACGAGACACGUGCUCCAUUUCCACAUUAUGCCGCAUUUAAGGCUCGUGUUUGGCGGAAUACUGGCUGUGGCAUCCAUUUUCAUCGUGUGGUCCGAAAUCGUCAAGUUUGGGCCAGCCGCGCUCGCCAAUCUGUCAAUCAUCCGCCUGACCGUGGUUCAUCACUGGACUGGUGACAAGGGUCAAGUCGGAUUUGCUGGCCAAAUGAUCGCAGCGUUUUGGAUUUCAUACAUGUGCGCUGCUGCCUUGAUCUCCAUCACUGAAGUCAAGGUGUGGCGUGGCCGCGCGCUGGUCUAUCGAAACACCUCCCACGAAUCGGCCCUUUGGUAUUCGUCCUACGUUGCCCGUCUUAGUGUCCCGCUGUCGUACAACUUCAUCACGUUCCUAUCCAAGGACGUCUACCAGAAGACACGAUUCUAUGACUUCCUCGGGCGGCUCAUCGAUCUUACAGCCCUGGGUAGCUGGUUCAACCGCUUGUUUCCCCUAUUUAUCCUUCUGCCGAUAGGCGCCACCUUGUUUGGUCUCUACGGUAAAGUGAAGCGCACAAUCGGUCUGGCCGACAUCAUCGAAGACGACGACGAUGAAAAUGAGAUCGGCUACGGUACUGGAUCGUGGCGAGAGGGCCGUGACCUCAUCGAGCGAGAGCUCAACGGAACCUCAGUCGGCAGGUCAAGGGACGUUGCAGGGCCGGGAGGGGCUGCGAACGGCGGUGCAGCCACGAGGGCCACGCCUGUGCGCUCCAUACCUGGCCCGUCGAGCCGACCCGGUGGCCCAACAACACCGCUGGGGACGUCGCCCAACAUCGGCAGGGUGGACUCGCCCGCCACCGCCGCCAGCUCGAGGCGGAUCGGGCAGCGACAGCACGCAAGGCUCGGUGCCGACGAGGACGAGGACGACAACUUCUUCUCGCAGCUCGGGACGCGCAUAAAGAACACGGUCGACACGAUCGAUACUCCAAACUGGUUCCAGGAGAUCGUCAAGAAGCCCAAGUGGAUGGGCGGGGACGACGACGAGGGCGGGCAGGCGUCUAGGUCGGGCAGCAACAACACGGAUAUACGGCGCUGGUUCGGGGGCGGCAACGACGGACGGAUCAGGUUGUAA